AGGAACAAAGUUGUGGGACCUGAGUUCACGGCACUCCGGUGUUUCACCCGUGAAAUGUAAUAACCAUCUCUCCGGUUCCGUGAGAGACAACCGGCCGUGUGCUUGAAGGACUACGGUAGUUAGUUCUUUGUCCUGUGUUGCAAAAAAGGCGUUUUUUUUCAGGCUUUUUUUUUAGUAGCACAUUUGGGAGACUGGAUGCGCUGGAGGACGAGUCUCUUCAGUUUGUUAAGAAGAGUGGUUUGUACCUCGAAGAAAAUGCCGUAAACUAACUGGAUUUACUUUGUUUGACUUUUAAAUACACUUUCCUUGUGUUUGAAUACCCACACGCUGCACGUUUUGGGACUUGUUUUGAGGGAGCACGUCCCCCUGAUACCACGGUGACAGCAGAGGUCUGUUGGUGAGUUGCACAGCUGACAAAAGGAUUUAAUUCAUUGGGUACAAUGGCUUCAAAAGGUGACACUGCCGAGGGAGGAGCGAAUGACGAGUUCAACGACAUCAUCAAGUGGCGAUCUGACGAACAUGACACAGUGCAGCAGAAAACAUUCACCAAAUGGAUAAAUGCACAAUUCUCCAAGACGGGAAAGACGCCAAUCAAAGACAUGUUCUCUGACCUGAAGGACGGGAGGAAGCUGCUGGACCUGCUGGAGGGGCUUACUGGCUCUGUUUUGACCAAAGAAAGAGGCUCCACCAGAGUACAUUCCCUCAACAACGUCAACAAAGUACUUCAAGUCCUGCAUCAAAAUAAUGUGGAUCUGGUUAACAUAGGAGGGACAGAUAUUGUGGAUGGGAACCACAAGCUGACUUUAGGUCUCAUCUGGAGCAUUAUCCUUCACUGGCAGGUGAAAGACAUCAUGAAGGACAUCAUGUCAAACCUGCAGCAGACAAACAGUGAGAAGAUCUUACUGAGUUGGGUACGCCAAUGCACCCGCUCCUACCCAGAAGUCAAUGUGCUGAACUUCACCACGAGCUGGGCUGACGGCCUGGCUCUCAACAGCGUCCUACACCACUUCAGGCCGAAUGCAUUCAGCUGGGAUAAAGUGGUGAAAAUGAGCCCUGUGGAGAGACUGGACCACGCUUUCACUGUAGCCAAAGACCAGCUGGCUAUUGAGAAGCUACUGGAUUCAGAAGAUGUGGCAGUGCAGUUACCAGAUAAGAAGUCCAUCAUCAUGUACAUAACCUCCCUGUUUGCCGUGCUGCCCAAAGAUGUGAGCAUGGAGUCCAUCAGAGAAGUAGAGACCCUGCCACGCAAAUAUAAAGUGGAGUCUGAGGACUCGGGUCCAGGCCUCGGCGCUCAGCAGAUGGAGAAAGCAGGCAGAAGCCCCAGGCCCGAGACCCCCAGCACCCUGACUGAGACCGAGGGGGAUAUGGAGGGCAGCCUGCUGGACGUGGACCUGGACAGCUACCAGACCACGCUGGAGGAGGUGCUAACCUGGUUGCUAUCGGCCGAGGACGCCCUGCAGAUUCAGGACGAGGUGUCUGACGACGUCGAGGAGGUCAAAGACCAGUUUCACACACAUGAGGCCUUUAUGAUGGAGUUGACAGCGCACCAGAGCAGCGUGGGUAAUGUGCUCCAAGCAGGAAACCAACUGAUCGCCCAGGCCAACCUGAUAGAGGAGGAAGAAGAUGAAAUCCGGGAGCAGAUGACCCUCCUGAACGCCCGCUGGGAGAGCCUCAGAGUGGCCAGCAUGGACCGCCAGGCCAGACUCCAUGAGGUCCUGAUGGACUUGCAGCAGCAGCAGCUACAGCAGCUCUCUGAUUGGCUGUCACUGACAGAGGAGCGAAUCAGGAAGAUCGAGACAGAACCGUCAGCCCAUGAUGUUGAGCUCUACAAAGAACAGAUAGAGCAGCACAAAGAGCUUCAGAACGACCUGGAGGCGGAGCAGGUGAAGGUCAACUCUCUGACACACAUGGUGGUUGUGGUAGAUGAGAACAGUGGGGAGAGCGCCACUGCUGUCUUGGAAGAGCAACUUCAGUCUUUGGGCGAGCGCUGGGCGGCCGUUUGUCGCUGGACGGAGGAGAGGUGGAACAAGCUGCAGGAAGUCUUCAUGGUGUGGCAACAGCUUCUAUCAGACCAGAGUUUGUUCAGAGAAUGGUUGGCAGAGAAAGAGGAGGCCUUGAGUGAAGUACAAACGAGCAACUUCAAGGACCCGAGUGAAAUGAAUACUAAUGUGCGUCGAUUAGCAAUAUUGAAAGAAGACAUGGAAAAUAAAAGGAGGACUCUGGACCAGCUGUCUGAUGCAGGACAGGAUGUGAUCUCGCUGCUGCGGAGCCCUGAGGCGGGAGCUAAGAUCGAGGCGGACACAGAGGAGCUAGCUCAUAGAUGGGACAACCUGGUGCAGAAACUGGAGGACUGCUCCUUCCAGGUAAUGGAGGCUGUGACGGACGCUGGGAUGACUCAGGUGGAAGGACAGGUCGUAAUGGACACCGCCGAUGGGGCUUCUUCAAAGACUGACCAGGAGCUGGCCCCUCCUGCUCCUCCUAAGAAACGACUGGUAGAGACGGAUGCAGAAGUCAGACGAGUGUUUGAAAACAAACUUUCUGACCUCUUGAGCUGGAUCAAAACUUGGAAGACGGCGGCUCAGGCGUUGGCAACCACACACCCUGAGACCACACCUGACACACCUGACCUGCAGGAGAAACUAAAGGACUUGGAGUCGGAGCUCUCAGUGAAGGAAGCUACAGCGAGUCAAGUGAACCAGGAGGGACGAGGCUUGAUGGAGCAGCUCGAAAGAGAGGGAGAAUGUGUGGACUCGGUGAGGGUCGACCUAGACCUCAUCCAAACUGAGUGGGAUGUUUGCACAAGGGAGCUGCAAGCGGCCGGUGAGAGGGUCCGCACUCAAAGCCGGGUCAGAGCGGUGUCUGCAGAGCUGGCAGACCUGGACCGAGCCUCGGGGGAACAGGACGAGUGGCUGGACUCGACCCGCGCUGUAGAAAAGUGCGAUGAGGCCGAGCUCAGAAGCCAGAGUGGGGAAUGUCAGUCCCGACUUGUCCAGGUCAAUUCCUUGAGGCCACGACUAGAGCAGCUUUCUGCAGAAGUGCCGUCGCUGGGGGCCGUGCCGUCUCUGAAAGACAACAUGGUGGUGGUGUCAGCUCAUCAAGCCUCCACACUGCAGCGGCUACAGAGCAGAGAGCAAGAGGUCAACCAAGCUCUGGCCGAUCUUGAGGCCAAACAGAUGCUCCCUAGUCCGGUGGAGGGUCUGGAGGCAAGGCUGUCGACUCUGAGAGACGGACUUGUGGAUCUCCCUGCUGCUGAGGGCGCAGUGGAGCAGGCUCAGGGCCUGUGUCUUGAAAUCGAGCAAACACAACAAGCCUCCGAUCCUGCAGAACUACAACGAUGGAAUCAUCUCUCGUCCAGGGCCCGUGAGGAGCUGGGAACACUGCAGUGCAUCCUGGGAAGCAUGAAGGACAAUCAGGUGCGUUUAUUGGAAGUUGAACGUUGGUUGGAUGGAGUUCAGGAAGUUUUGUCUUCUGAUACAACUGGGUUAGGCGACAAGGGGAGUCCACAGGAAGAGCUCAACAAGUGCAAGGAGUAUGUGACUGAGAUGGAGUCUGUGGAAGGUUCUUUGAAGCAGAUGGGAGAGAAUGUUAGCGCUGUACAGGCGACGGCAGUACCAGGACUCACCAGGUGGGGGCAGGAUAAGACGGACGAGUGUCGGGGCAAAUGGGACUCGCUCAGCAAACAGCUGCUGAGCCACCAGGAGCGUUUGGCAGAGAGACAGGAGAGGCAGGUGAAUCUGAAGAAGGACUUGGCGGAGAUGCAGGAGUGGAUGGCGCAGGUUGAUGAAGAGUUUCUCAUGCGGGAUUUCGAAUACAAGAGUCCUGAGGAGCUGGAGGCAUCACUGGAGGAGAUGAAGAGGGCUAAAGAGGAGGUGUUACAGAAGGAGGUAAAAGUGAAGAUCCUGAAAGACAGCAUCAACGUGCUGGUAUCCAAAAUGUCGCCCCCUGGUGGAGGCAGUGGCCAAGAGCUGACCUCAGAACUAGAGGUUGUGCUCGCUAACUACCAAAAGCUGUGUGACCGCUUCAAGAGCAAGUGUCACACUCUGGAGGAGGUUUGGUCCUGUUGGAUGGAGCUGCUUCAGUACCUGGAUAUGGAGCAGAGCUGGCUCAACACUCUGGAGGAGAAGGUUCAAGGUUCUGACAGCCUACCGGAGAGCACCGAGGCCGUCAGUGAAGCCCUAGAGUCUUUGGAGAACGCGCUGCGUCACCCCGGGGACAACAGGACGCAGAUCAGAGAGCUGGGUCAGACGCUGAUAGACGGAGGCAUACUUGACGAACUCAUCAGCGAGAAGCUAGAGGCCUUCAAUUCACGUUAUGAGCAGCUCAACCACCAGGCGGUGAACAGACAGAUCAGCCUCGAGCAGCAGCUGCAGACACUAAAGGAGAACGAACAGGCGCUGCAAACGCUGCAGGAGUCUCUGAGCCAGCUGGACCACACGCUCACCUCAUACCUAACUGACCGCAUCGACGCCUUCCAGCUGCCACAGGAGGCACAGACAAUCGGAGCAGAGAUCGCAGCCCACGAGCUCACAGUGGAGGAGAUGAGGAGGAGAAACGUGGCCAACUUGCCUCCCUCCACUGGUGACAGCAAAGCUGCCAAAGGUGGAACCAUGCUGGACCAGCUUCAGAGAAAGCUAAGAGAGAUCUCCACAAAGUACCAGCUGUUUCAGAAGCCAGCUAACUUUGAGCAGCGCAUGUUGGACUGUAAGAGAGUCCUGGAUGGGGCCAAGGCUGAACUGCACAUCCUGGAUGUCAGGGAUGUGGACCCAGAAAAAAUACAGCCCCACCUCAACGGUUGCAUGAAACUAUACAAGUUGCUAAGUGAAGUGAAGCUGGAGGUAGAGACGGUGAUAAAAACAGGGCGACAGAUUGUGCAGAAACAGCAGACGGAGAACCCCAAGGCCAUGGACGAACAGCUCACUGCACUCAAACUGCUCUACAAUGACCUGGGUGCUCAGGUAACGGAGGGCAAGCAGGACCUGGAAAAAGCUUUGUCUCUGUCUCAAAAGUUUCAGAAGGAGAGCGCCGCCCUGGAGGAGUGGCUGACCACCAACGAGGCUGAGCUGCAGCAGAAGAACAGCUGUGGAGACAUGCCCGCUGACAUAGACGCUGAGAUCGCAUGGGCUAAUGGCCUGCUGAAGGAGUCUGAGCGUCGUAAAGCCGACCUCUCCGGCCUGAUGGAGACCAGCGCCGGUCUGCAGACUCUGGUGGAGGGCAGUGAGGCCGAGCUUGAGGACAAAGUCUGUGGUCUCAAUGAAAGCUGGGGCCGCGUCCACACCUGGACCGAGGACUGGCUAAGUGCUGUGCUGAGUCACCAGAGUGAAGUGGAAAUCUUUGAUGAGAACUUGGCCCACAUCAGCACCUGGCUGUACCAGACGCAGAUCCACCUGGACGAGGCCGAGCGGCUCGGCUCAACGGAGAGAGAGCAGGUGGUAGAGAGCAUGUUCGAGGAGCUGGAGGACAUCAGUCUGCGUGUGGACAAUGUCAAGGACCAGGCCAUCAUCCUGAUGACCAGCAGGGGGCCCGCCUGCAGAGACGUCGUGGAGCCCAAACUGAAUGAGCUCAACGGCAACUUCGACAAAGUGUCCCAACACAUCAAAACUGCCAAGAUGAUGAUAAGUCUGGAGUCAGGUGGUGUUGACUUCAACCAGCAAUUACCUCAUCAGGUAAGAGAAAGAGUCAUUCACUGGCAGGAGGUCCAAACAGAGAGUGAAAAUCAGACUCGUCCCACUGAGGCUCCGGUCCACAGUAAAGAGAAAGACCUUCAGGCAGAGCUGCAGGACACGCUAAGGGCUCUACAGCAGCAGCAGCAGGAACCAGGAAACGUCCUGGAUGAUGACAAGAUGGACGAGGAGAAAGCCAGCGUGGAGGACCUGCUGAGACGAGGAGAAGAACUGCUGCAGGAAACUUCAGACGUGGGUCAGACGGAGGAGCUGAGACUUCUGCUGCUCCGGCUUCAAAGCCAGUAUUCCACUCACAGGGAGUUGAGGGUGGUACGGAUCAGGCAGGUGGGAGUCUCUGUGGAGUCUUCUUCUACUCAAACAGUCACAGAGCAGACAGGAGAGUUACAAGCCGAGGAGUUGUCGUCACCAAAGCGUAGCAGGGCUCCUUCAUUGAGUCCGUCCGACUACCUGCUGGACAUUAAUAAAGUGCUCCUCGCCAUGGCCGACAACGAGCUGCUUUUGAACUCCUCUGAGCUGAGCGGGGGGCUCUACGAGGACUUUUCAAGUCAAGAGGACACGCUGAGGAAUAUCAAAGACAAUCUGGAGCGUCUCGGUGAGCAUGUCACAGGGAUCCAUGAGCGGCAGCCCGACGUGGUUUGUGACGCUAACCCUGCCGAGGUUGCCCAGAUCGGAGACGCCCUCGUACAGCUCAACUCGGAGUGGGACCGCAUCAACCGCAUGUACAACCACCGCAAGGGGAACUAUGACCGUGCUGUAGAAGAGUGGAGGCAGUUCCACUGCGACAUGAAUGACAUGAGCCAGUGGCUGACUGAUACAGAAACACUGCUGUCUGAGAGUGUAGGCCCGGACGGACAGCUGGACCUGGAGUCUGCACGACAACAUCAGGAGGAGCUGGAGGAAGGCCUUGCCAGCCACCAUUCUGUCAUGGCCGUACUGACCCGCACAGGAAAGCAGAUAACCAGGCAGCUGUCGUCUCCAGAUGGAUCCCUUCUCGAGGAGAAGCUAGACAUCCUCUGUCAGCGUAGGAGAGCUGUCAAUCGCGUAGUCCUUGAGCGACAGCGCAGACUGGCUGGAGGGGAUCCGGCCCUGUCAGAGAUGAAAAGGAGGCGCGAGGAGCUGGCCGUGUGGCUGCAGCAGACCGAAAACGCUGUCAGCUCCUUGCCUGUCACCGCCACUGAUGAAAACCUCCGAGAGCUCAAGGCCCUCGCAGAGGAAAUGGAUGCACACAAUGAACGCCUCGGAUGGCUAAACAAACACGCCCCCCAGAUCCUGGCCAGUCCCAGUGUGAGCCCUCAGAGCCGAGACCAGCAUGUGGGCAAACUGAGAGCCAUCAACCUGAACUGGAGCAAGGUGACCCAUGAGCUGUUGGACAAAGUGGGGGAGGUGGAGGCCAACCUGCAGAGUCACGCCCAGUUCCAGGACCGGAUGAACAGACUCACUGACUGGGUCGUCGUCACACAUCAGACAAUCGUGACCCGAGGACUGAACCAGAGCCAGGCACUGGCUCUGGAGGCCUCCAUGAAGGACAGGAAGAGAGACCUGGAGGAUCUGUUGGCUCAUUCUAUAGAUCUACAGAGACGACAGCAGCUGCUGCCUCAGGAAAAGAGUGAGGUGGAGCAGCUGGCGGGUGAUUGGAAAGCUCUGGAUGUUCGACUAAGGGAUUCUCUCCAGCCACCCGUCUCCCCGUGGAUGCAGCAGCAGCAGGUCGUCCAGCACCAGCAGCUGGUGUCUGCGGUCCCCUCAGCCGUGCAGAUGGCCAGCCUGGUGAGCGAGGACCCCCACUACCAAACCCCGCACACGCCGGACACCGUGGCACCCACCGACCUCAACGAGACGGCCACCGAGCUGGCAGACUGGCUCCUGCUCAUCACACAGAUGCUGAAGUCUAAUAUUGUGACAGUGGGGGACACGGAUGAGAUCAGGACCACUAUGGGACGGCUUCAGGUGACAAAAAGUGACCUGGAACAGCGUCACCCGCAACUUGAAGACAUUUUCACUUUGGCACAGAACAUCAAAAACAAAACCUCCAAUCUGGAUGUGCGCACAUCUAUUACAGAAAAACUUGAGAGGGUACGCAGCCAGUGGGACAGCACUCAGCAUGGCGUCGAGGCACGACUCCAGCAGCUGGACAACAUGAUUGGCCACAGCAACCAGUGGGAGGAGCAGAGGAAGGAGGUGAACGCUGUGAUUGGGCACAACGAAGGACGAUUCCACAACCUUCUUCAGCAGUCCAGAGAUCCCCUGACUAAACAGCUUGCUGACAACAAGGCGUUCCUCCAAGACCUGGGCCGAGGCCAGGCUGCAGUCGGGGCCUUCAACGAGCUGUCCAGUCGUCUUCUACAGGAAUAUUCUACCGACGACACCCGUAGGAUCAAAGAGGUCGCAGACGCACACAAUGCUGCAUGGAACAGCAUCAACAACAGAGCGAGUGACCGUCACGGCCAGCUGGACAGUGACCUGAAGGGCCUGCAGAUGUCCCUCAGGGAGCUUGAGUCCUUCCUCAAAUGGCUCCAGGAGGCAGAGACGACCGUCAACGUUCUGGCCGACGCCUCCCAGAGGGAAGACAUGUCGCAGGACUCCGCCCACGCCAAGGAGCUGAGGCUACAACUGGAGGACAUCCAGGCUGAGAUCGAUGCCCACAAUGACAUUUACAAGAGUGUGGACGGGAACAAGUCGAAGAUGGUUAAGGCUCUGGGCAGCUCAGAAGAAGCUGUGUUCCUCCAACACAGGCUGGAUGACAUGAACCAUCGAUGGAGCGACCUAAAGACAAAGUCAGCCAAUAUUCGAGCCCACCUGGAAGCGAGUGCUGAGCGCUGGUCUCGUCUGCUGGGCCUCCUGGAGGAGCUGUGGAGGUGGAUCUGCAUGAAGGAUGAGGAGCUGGCCAAGCAGAUGCCCAUCGGAGGAGACGUGCCCACCCUGCUGCAGCAGCAAAACCACUGCACGGCUAUACACUCAGAACUGAAGGAACGGGAGCACUUGGUGGUCAGCACUUUGGAUCAAGCCCGGACGUUUCUUGCCGACCAGCCCAUUGAAGGUCCCGGAGAGCCGCGCAAGAACCUGCAGGCAAAGACAGACCUCACCCCGGAGGAGAAGGCUCGACGGUUGGCCCGGGCCAUCCGCAAGCAGACAGGCGAGGUGAGGGAGCGAUGGGAGCGUCUGAAGGGACACAUGGGCGGCUGGCAGAGUCAGGUGGAGGGAGCGCUGGAGCGACUCCAGGAGCUGCAGAGCUCCAUGGAUCAGCUGGACCUGCGGCUGACCCGGGCAGAGGAGGCCAAAGCCACCUGGCAGCCUGUGGGGGAUCUGCUCAUCGAUUCGCUGCAGGACCACAUCGAAACGACCAUGGCUUUCAAAGAGGAGAUCGCCCCGUUCCGUCAGGAUGUACAAAACGUCAAUGAGCUUUCUGCAGAGCUGACGCCUUUAGACAUCCAGCUUUCCUCCACUGCCUCCAGACAACUAGACCAGCUCAACAUGAGAUGGAAGCUACUACAGGUGGCAGUGGAGGAGAGACUGAAGCUGCUUCAGGAAGCCCACAGAGACUUCGGCCCCUCCUCCCAACAUUUCCUCUCCACUUCUGUGCAGCUCCCCUGGCAACGUGCAGUUUCUCAGAAUAAGGUUCCAUAUUACAUCAAUCACCAGACACAGACCACCUGCUGGGACCAUCCAAAGAUGACAGAGCUCUACCAGUCACUUGCCGACUUAAACAACGUGAGAUUCUCAGCGUACCGAACAGCGAUGAAGAUCCGCAGACUACAGAAAGCACUGUGUUUGGACUUGCUAGACCUCAGCGUGGCCCAGAACACCUUUGAGCAGCACAAGAUGACCAACAACAGUCAGCUGAAGACCGUCCCUGACGUCAUCAACUGCCUGACGUCCAUCUAUGACGGCCUGGAGCAGGAGCACAAAGACCUGGUCAACGUGCCGCUCUGCGUCGACAUGUGUCUCAACUGGCUGCUUAACGUUUACGACACUGGCCGCAGUGGGAAGAUCCGCGUCUUGUCAAUGAAGAUCGGUUUGCUCUCUCUCUCGAAGGGACACCUGGAGGAGAAAUACAAAUACCUCUUCAGCCAGGUAGCGUCAGCAGGCGACACAUGUGACCAGAGGCAGCUGGGUCUGCUGCUCCAUGAAGCCAUCCAGAUCCCGAGGCAGCUGGGAGAGGUGGCCGCCUUCGGAGGCUCCAACAUCGAACCAAGCGUCCGCAGCUGCUUCCAGCAUGUGACCAAUAAGGUGGAGUUGGAGCCCCGUCAGUUUGUUGAUUGGAUGCGUCUGGAGCCGCAGUCCAUGGUUUGGCUUCCAGUCCUGCACAGAGUCGCCGCGGCAGAGACGGCCAAACAUCAGGCCAAGUGUAACAUCUGCAAGGAGUGUCCUAUCGUUGGCUUCAGGUAUCGCAGUCUGAAGCAUUUCAACUACGAUGUAUGUCAGAGCUGCUUCUUUUCCGGGCGCACCGCCAAAGGCCACAAGCUCAACUACCCCAUGGUGGAGUACUGCACACCGACAACAUCAGGGGAGGACAUGCGAGAUUUCACCAAAGUGCUGAAGAACAAAUUCCGGUCGAAGAAGUACUUUGCCAAACAUCCUCGUCUCGGUUACCUGCCAGUCCAGACAGUUCUGGAGGGUGACAACUUGGAAACCCCUGUCACCCUCAUCAGCAUGUGUCCGGAGCAGUAUGAGCUGUCUCAGUCACCUCAGCUCUCUCAUGAUGACACCCACUCCAGGAUAGAGCAGUAUGCCAGCAGGUUGGCCCAGAUGGAACGCUCCAACGGCUCUCUGCCCACAGACAGCAGCUCAGCCACAGGAAGCAUGGACGAUGAGCAUGCUCUGAUCCUGCAGUACUGUCAGACGCUGGGCGGGGAGGGCUCCCCCUGCAGUCAGCCUCAGAGUCCUGCUCAGAUCCUCCAGGCCGUGGAGAGGGAGGAACGAGGCGAGCUUGAGCGGAUCAUAGGUCGUCUGGAGGAGGAGCAAAGGACCCUGCAGAGGGAGUAUGAGCAGCUAAAGGAGCAGCACGGCCAGCGAGGGGCCCCUGCUGGAGGCCCCUGGGAGUCAGAGGGCCAUCCCGACGAGGCCGAUCUUCUCGCUGAGGCUAAGCUGCUACGACAACACAAGGGCCGGCUGGAGGCCCGCAUGCACAUCCUAGAGGAACACAACAAACAGCUGGAGUCUCAGCUCCAUCGCCUCCGACAGCUUCUGCACCAGCCGGAGAUGGACUCAAGGGUAAACGGUGUGUCGUCUCCCACUGUGCAGGAUGGAGGGCCUCUCACUGAAAACUCAGAUGAGCUGCUCGACUCCCCCAACAGCAGCUCUGACCUGGCAGAUGUAAUGGAGCAGAUUAACAACUCCUUCCCUGCAUGCAGUCCCUCAAGCCUCUCCUCAAGGCCACAGGUGAUGUGAGGACAGUCACCACAGAGGACGGCAUGUGUUUAUGUGCGCACAUAUGUGUGUGAGGGACAGACCAUUCCCAAAAAAAACAAUCCCCCCCCAGACCCAAAAUCCCAAAGACGCACAGGACCAGACAACUUAACUUUUUUGACCACCUUGUCUUGUACUAUGCAAACUGUACAUUUUAUGAAAUGUAGAUUGUACCUGAACAUUUGUCAGUGAUUUGUUUAGAUAUGGAGAGGAGUAUAUGGAUAUUUUUUAGAGGUUGGUUUAAGAUUCUGGUUUUGUUCUAAAUAUUUCUUGCCUUUACUGGGAAUCAAUCUGUUACAUGUUUUUAUCAUUCCACUGGUUUGUACAUCCAAGCCCCUAAAUUAGAGGUUUUUUUUCUGUUCCAUCCCUAACUUCUACUUCCUGACUUCUAAAGGAUUACUUUGAAGAUGUAGACGGUCAUCUUUCCAAGCAUCUGUUUUGCUUAUCCUUAGCAUGCUCGAUGUCAAAUUCCCCUUUAAAGUGUUUAAAUACCGGCAGACUUUGCGUCGACUGCGAUUUGUUAAUGUAAAUUUAACCCCUUCUGUGCCUAUACAAUUUGUCAUUCCACAUGUGGAAGACGGAGAUGAGAGUCAGAGAAUUUAAGUGGGAUUGUGCAUAAAUAGAAAAGCUUUGGAGAAUAAAGAUUUAGAUCUAAAAUCUGGGUUUGUAACAGGCCCGUCGUCAUUCUGUAGAACAGUCGUUUUUUUAAAGAUGUAUGUUAAGAAAUCAGAGGAAAGCCAUGAUUGCCUUGCUACCUCAGACUCAUAGACACAGUUUUUUUUUUCUUGUGGUUUGUAAUCUUGUGAUCAUUUACAGAACAAAAAUAACCUGGUUUAGCAUUUAAGCUUCAGCUUACUGUAUUGGUGUACACUGCAAUGAGGAGAUACCAAGUGAAAAAAGUUCUUAUUACUGUAUCACAAUGGGUGUGUGGCCUGCUGAAGCUACCCGCCCGCCCAUUGACGAGUAUUACUUCACCUGUUGGGUUUUUUUUUCCACUGGCCUUCAAGCACUGGUCCCUCACUGCGUUGUGUUGUUGUGCUACAUGCUAUCCUGUAAAACUUGUGAGACUGAACAACACUACUAUAACCUCCUCUGACUGUAGACUAAUGAUGAUGGUGAUGAUUUGAAUGAUUCCAAUCAUGAUGAACUGUACCAUGGCAGAACUGUGUCGCUUCUCCUGAGGUAUGUAAAAUAGAAUGACCACACUAUGUGUAAUAUGGCUACAUUGUUUUAUUCUAAAUAAAAUUUUUAUAACAAGUUA